AUGCCCCGUGUCUUGGCGCCUCUGGUGCUCCUUCUGCUGUGGCUGAUGAGGAUCGCUGCCAGCCCCCAUUCCCUGAGGAUUGCUGCCAUCCUGGAUGACCCCAUGGAGUGCAGCAGAGGGGAGAGGCUCUCCAUCACGCUGGCCAAGAACCGCAUCAACCGUGCGCCCGAGCGGGCGGGGAAAGCCAAAGUGGAGGUGGACAUCUUUGAGCUGCUGCGAGACAGCGAGUAUGAGACAGCGGAAACCAUGUGCCAGAUUCUCCCCAAAGGAGUGGUAGGCGUCCUUGGACCUUCCUCAAGCCCAGCCUCAAGUUCUAUUAUCAGCAAUAUCUGUGGGGAGAAAGAGGUUCCUCACUUCAAAGUGGCACCAGAGGAGUUCCUGAAGCUGCAGCUCCAGCGGUUCACCACCCUCAACCUCCAUCCCAGCAACACCGAUAUCAGCGUGGCUGUGGCAGGAAUCCUGAAUUUCUUUAACUGCACCACUGCCUGCCUCAUCUGUGCCAAAGCUGAAUGCCUUUUAAACCUAGAGAAGUUGCUUCGGCAGUUCCUCAUUUCCAAGGACACCCUCUCAGUCCGGAUGCUGGAUGACAGCCGGGAUCCUACCCCUCUCCUAAAAGAGAUCCGAGAUGACAAAACAGCAACUAUCAUUGUACAUGCCAAUGCUUCCAUGUCUCAUACUAUUCUGCAGAAGGCAGCUGAACUGGGAAUGGCGUCUGCCUAUUACACGUAUAUCUUCACUAAUCUGGAGUUUUCCCUCCAGCGCCUGGACAACCUGCUUGACGACCGAGUCAACAUCCUGGGAUUUUCCAUUUUCAACCAGUCUCAUGCUUUCUUCCAAGAGUUUGUCCAGAGCCUCAACCAGUCCUGGCAGGAGAACUGCGAUCACGCUCCUUUUACUGGACCAGCACUCUCUUCCGCCCUGCUGUUCGAUGCUGUGUAUGCUGUGGUGACUGCAGUGCAGGAGCUGAACCGGAGCCAGGAGAUCGGGGUGAAGCCCCUGUCCUGUGGGUCUGCCCAGAUCUGGCAGCACGGCACCAGCCUGAUGAACUACCUGAGAAUGGUAGAAUUGGAAGGUCUCACCGGCCACAUUGAAUUCAACAGCAAAGGCCAGCGAUCCAACUAUGCCCUGAAGAUCCUGCAGCACACACGCAGCGGCUUCCGGCAGAUCGGGCACUGGCACGUUUCUGAAGGACUCAGCAUGGACAACAGGAUUUUCUCCUCCAACAUAUCAGACAGUCUGUUCAACACCACACUCAUUGUCACCACCAUCCUGGAAAACCCUUACUUAAUGCUGAAGUGGAAUCAUCAAGAGCUGGAGGGCAACGAUCGCUACGAGGGGUUCUGUGUGGACAUGCUGAAGGAGCUGGCAGAGAUCCUGCGUUUCAACUAUAAGAUCCAUCUCGUUGGUGAUGGUGUGUAUGGAGUCCCUGAGGCAAACGGCACGUGGACAGGGAUGGUCGGGGAGCUGAUUGCUCGGAAAGCCGAUCUGGCCGUGGCGGGGCUGACCAUUACCGCAGAGAGGGAGAAGGUGAUUGAUUUCUCUAAGCCAUUCAUGACUUUGGGAAUUAGCAUUCUCUACCGAGUUCAUAUGGGCCGCAAACCUGGCUACUUCUCAUUCCUGGAUCCCUUCUCCCCUGGCGUCUGGCUCUUCAUGCUGCUCGCCUACCUGGCGGUCAGCUGUGUCCUAUUCUUGGUUGCUCGAUUGACACCGUAUGAGUGGUACAGCCCCCACCCCUGCUCGCAAGGUAGAUGCAAUCUUCUCGUGAAUCAGUACUCUCUUGGCAACAGCUUGUGGUUUCCAGUCGGGGGAUUCAUGCAGCAAGGCUCCACCAUUGCCCCCCAAGCCUUAUCCACACGCUGUGUCAGUGGAGUGUGGUGGGCAUUCACCUUGAUCAUCAUCUCCUCCUACACGGCCAAUCUGGCAGCUUUCCUCACCGUGCAGCGGAUGGACGUCCCCAUCGAAUCUGUGGAUGACCUAGCUGACCAGACAGCCAUCGAGUACGGCACCAUUCAUGGUGGCUCCAGCAUGACCUUCUUCCAAAACUCCCGCUACCAGACAUACCAGCGGAUGUGGAACUACAUGUACUCCAAGCAGCCCAGUGUCUUUGUGAAGAGCACGGAGGAAGGGAUCGCUCGUGUGCUGAACUCCAAUUACGCCUUCCUGCUGGAGUCCACCAUGAACGAGUAUUAUCGUCAGCGCAAUUGCAACCUCACGCAGGUCGGGGGCCUUCUGGACACCAAGGGCUACGGGAUUGGCAUGCCCGUCGGCUCAGUGUUCCGUGAUGAGUUUGACCUGGCCAUUCUCCAGUUGCAAGAGAACAACCGCCUGGAAAUCCUCAAGAGGAAGUGGUGGGAAGGAGGCAAGUGCCCCAAAGAGGAGGACCACAGAGCCAAAGGCCUGGGAAUGGAGAAUAUCGGUGGAAUCUUUGUGGUGCUCAUCUGUGGCUUAAUCGUAGCAAUUUUUAUGGCCAUGCUGGAAUUUUUAUGGAGCCUUCGUCACUCUGAACAAUCAGAGGUGUCGGUGUGCCAAGAAAUGGUGACGGAGCUGCGCAACAUCAUUCUCUGCAAGGACAGUUUCCACCCUCAUCGGAGGCGAGGGGGAAUGAUACGGACUCGCCCCGUUCUCCCUGAGGAGCGCCGAGCCCGCAGCACAACCACGCUCAGCAAUGGGAAGCUGUGCAGUGGGGGAGAGCCAGAUCCCCUGGCACAAAGACUGGCUCAAGAAGCCGCCCUGGUCGCCCGAGGGUGCACGCACAUCCGCGUGUGCCCCGAGUGCCGCAGGUUUCAGGGUCUCCGGGCACGGCCGUCUGCGGGCUCGCCCGCACAGAGCGAGGAGAGCUUGGAGUGGGAGAAGACCACCAACAGCAGUGAGCCUGAGUAA